AACAUGGAGGAGUUUAGACUUUGGCUUGAUGCCAAACCGCCUUGAUACUUCUGUGUCAUGUUUCAUAGUCAGGAUUUGGGGUGGAAAGAAGGGACAGUAUCGUCUCGUCAUUGAGUGGAAAGUCAAUCUUGAUGGACUCAAAUACCUGGGACAGCAGAUUCGUGCAUGUAAUCCCAAUGAGGUAAUAUUUGGAUUGAAUGAUGGCUACUAUGGAACACCUUUUGAUCACAAGGACCUCACUGAAAAGAAGAGGACCAACCUUCUACAAGUGGACCAGAGUUCAGUAAGGAGCUCAUACAGUGUCUUUUCCCUUCUCAGGCUUCAUACCGCUCAACGCGUAAUAAAACAGACUCAGGUAACCGUUCAGAAAGUAGGCAAGGAGAUAGAGGAGAAAUUGAGACUAACUGCAUCAACAGCAAAGUUGAAAAAGGAGCGGGAGCGUUUGCAGCUGAAGAUCCUAGUACUUCAGAAUGAAUUAGAGAGACAGGAGAAGGCACUUGGACGAGAACUGGAAGUGUUGCAGAAAGAGCGGAUUGCAUUCCAGGACAAAGAGAAAGUAUUCUGGAGUAAACGCCAUCGCUUACAAGUGGAGGAUUCGUCUCUCAGCGAAGAAAGGAAAGGGUGCAUCGCUAAAAGAGAGCACUUCCUGAAGACUAAUGCACAAUUGAACAUUCGGUGUCGACAGCUGUUGUCGGAACUGUCUUACAUUUACCCUAUCGAAGUGAAUGAUCAGAAGGAUUAUUUUAUGUGUGGAGUCAAACUACCAAAUUCAGAAGAUUUUCAAGCUAAGGAUGAAGGAAGCAUUGCUGUUGCCUUGGGCUACACAGCCCAUCUGGUGCUCAUGAUUUCCUGUUUCCUGCAAGUACCACUCAGGUAUCCUAUCAUCCAGAAGGGGUCCCGGUCCACAAUCAGGGACAACAUCACCGACAAGCUUUCUGAGAAGGAGAGAGAGUUCCCUCUGUAUCCAAGAGGAGGAGAAAGGUUUCAGUUUGAAUAUGGAGUUUAUUUACUCAACAAAAACAUCGCACAGCUAAGAUAUCAGCAUGGCCUAUCCACACCAGAUCUCCGACAGACAUUGCCUAACCUGAAAAGCUUCAUGGAACAAGGGCUAAUGGUGAGGUGCGAUCGACCUCCAUCUAGUGCAAUUCCUGUACCUCGAAGAUACGCGACCAGCACAUCUGCAGGAUCAGAUACAGCUUUCCACAGUAGAGAGGCAGCUUCUCCAGAAAGGGCUUGGAGACAGUCACAUGGAAACUCUGAACAAGAUCAGCCCCCAAGCUACAACACAGCAAUAGCUCAUGCUGUAACUCUUGAGGCACAACCAGAAGGUGAUAGCAAAGUGCAUACUUCUUCAGCAUUGGAAGUUUCAGAUGAUUCCUUUAAAGGUGGAGAUCGGGAGAAUGGAAUGCAUAGCAAUGAAAAUGGCGUGGUUUAUGAAACGGUCCAGCCACAAGAGGUUAUCACUGAGCAGCCAUCUGAGGUGAAUGGAAUGACUACGCUCAGUGUGCAUACAGGCAGCACCAGUAAUAUACCAACAGGUGACUUAAGCCACUCCAUGGGUGGCAGCGUCUUCUGCUCUGUUGAGCGGGCCGAGGAGAUCAUAGGCAUGGAAGCCACUGGCUUCAGUUCAGAUGAGCAGCUGGAAGGAUUCUGCAUUCCUGUUGAUCACGCCGUGGCAGUAGAGAGUGAUGACCAAGUUUUGGCUGAGCUCGAUGCUGAAGGAUUUGAGGAGUUCUCUAGGAGGAUCUGUGCACUGAAUGAGAAUGUCUCAAGUUUCCGUCGGCAUCGUAAGGGCUCUGAGAAAUGAGACCAUGCUGCCCACCGUGAAUACUGAGGCAAAAUGUAGACAUAAACUGGAGUGGAAGAGCAAAUUGCACUUCUUUUUGAGAUGAUUUGUAACAAUGAAGUUAUCAACAUUGUUGCUAUUCUCAUGGUGAGAUGGGGAGAAAGCAGAUGAGGAUCAAAACCUGAUGCAGUGUAAAUGCUGGGGUCCCAGAUGGAGGUCCACUCACAUAAGAGAUGAGAUGGGGCAGUUUACGUAGAUCAUGGCUUAGUGGAUUGACUUCAUGCCAUCCAUGGCUGCCUGUUUGCAUCACCCUCUCAUGAUACUCCAUCAGACCUGCAAGCUGGCAUCCUUCCCAACCAAAUAGAAUCAGUCCUUUCCCGAUAACUGCAGAAUUUGAUCCCUCCUUGGAGGGGUGGAAAACAGGGAGUGAAUCCCCUUUUUACUGGAACUGAGAUUGUGACCUCCCAUGUUUGCCAAACAGAAUAUGUGCAAUGAUGUUACGGGAUAGAGUUGUUUUGAAAUGAUGUGAAAUUUCUGAAUCCUUCAAUUUUCUCCUCACAUUGGGAGCUUGCCAUAUGCUUUUUGAUGAGAUGUCCUGGAAUAAUCGAACAGUUUAGAUAAGUAUGAUGUUAAAGCUGCAUUCCUGAAAUCGAUUCAUUGUAAUGGGGGGUGGCUGGGGUUUAAAAAAAAUUGCUGGAAGUGCCGCAAGUUAAAAUCCAACUAGGCAGAAACCAUUUUGCUGAGAGUGACAGUGUCCUGACUGAGCAGCUCAAAAUAUCAAGUGCGUAUGGUUGAAUUUAAGUUGCCAUAUACUGCCUAUUUUUGCUAUUUUUUUGAUAACACAUUGUGCAGGCUCAGGUACAGUUUAGCUGUUGAUUUCAGUCUGAAUUUCUAUCCUUCACAGCCUUCAUCUGCCUACAAACUAAAUCAGGGAAAAUACUCUGAACUGAUUAUUUAGAACUUAAAAGUGAAUGAUGGUUGGUUAUUCAUUGACUUUGAGCUCCUCACCAUUUCCCUUCCAAUCCUUCACUUACAAAAAAAUCUUCAGUUUAUUCUGAAUUGAACUUGUGAAAUGUUGUUUAAUAGACCCAGUAUUUUAUAGUGUGGGCACUUACAUUUUGGCACACCAGCUGUAGGAAACUGUUCUUCUGCUUCUCUAGCUUACCUAUGUCUCUACCUGUUGUCCAGGUGGCCCUAAGUUCAGCACUGCUUCCUACCUGUUUUGGACUUGUUCAAAGAAUACCAGUAUAGAUGAGAAAAGCAAUCACUAUUUUUCUGGCACUGUUAAAAUUAUUGAAGGAAUAAUUAAUUUUAAAAGUUACUUAUGUAGCCCAGUUGGAUUUGAUCUGCACUGAAUGCAGUAGCAGCUGGGAUUAAGUUGCACUGGAGUAAGCUUGCUAAGAUAACAAAGACAUUUUUCAGUUAAAAUUAAUAGCUCCCAUUACUUCAUACAAAGAAUUCAAUCAGUCUGAGAUUUUUUUCUCCCUUCUUCCCACUCGCUUUAAGAAUAAAGCUAAAAUAUAAGUCACUGAAGAUCCAGAGGAUAAGUGAACAAAGCAUUUGGUGACCCAAACGUUGACCCAUUGCAAAGAAUUAAACAAAUUAUUGCAUUCAAGUAUUAACUCGUUGUGCAGUCUUUGAACUGGAAUCUCUUCUAGCUCAUUUCCCACUGACACUUUCUUUUAGUUGUAAUGCUGAUGUUAUUGCCCAGAGCGUAAUGUGUAUUGCAGUUUCCCUGUCCGACCACUGCCUUUGGGAGCCUACUUGUUGCAGCAGUAUGCCCUUUGCACGAGUUGGGAAAUGAGCUAUGAAAUCAGUGUUUUGUGUUCCUGAGGGAGAUGGGUUGUCCUUGCCUCCUUGCUGCAUGUCAGAAGACCACGUUAAACUAAAACAACCUGGUUCUCUGGGAGAGUGAAGGCUUUCUUUCUGCUUCUCACACCCACCUGAGCCCCCCUCAACAAAAACCCACAGUAGAGUAACUGAAAUGCUGCUUGUAGGCCCCUGUGAUCAUAGUGUAGCAUUGCAAAGAGUGGCCAUUCAACAGAGCAUUGAUUGACAAUUUUUCAGAAAGACCGGUAAACACGGCAUUAAAAAUAUAGAUAUUAUGAAUGCGUUUAUUUCAGUUUCGUCAGUACUAUAACCUUUUAAUGUUGUAUUGAUGCACACUGUUGGUACGGCUCUAAUUUAAAUAUGCAUAACAUUGUUUUAUCUGAUAGUUGGCUGAGCAGAUUGGUGCUCAGGGUUUCCCUAGAAAUCAUUUGUGAUGAAAUGCUGCACGAUACACAAGCUCCAACCUGAUGAUAUGAGCAAAUCGGGUGGGAAAGGUUAAAAUAGUAACUGUCUCUAUGUUCUCAUUCUAUGAGGCAGUGACAUACUAAGGUGCUAAUGUGUUCCUCGUCUUUGCAAACGCCAUGACUCUUGAUUCCUAUUUUGUGACAUGGAUACAUGAGGUCUCCUGGUCACACAGUAAUUUUUCAGAGAAUUUAAAUCAAUAAGAUACUGAAUCUUUACUUUGACAGUUGUAUUUCCAUAACCAGGGCCAUUUCUUCAGUGGACCGUCUCAUGAUUUUUAAAUGGUUCGGUAUCUCUUCACAAUACCCCACCAUAGCUUUUUCUGUUUUUUUAAUUUUGCCAGUUUUGUUGUGGGAGCAUAUUUUAUUUUCAUAUCUUAAAAACCUCACCCGUCACUUUAAUGUGCUGAUUGAUUCAUUGAUACUUUGAAUUGUCCGCUGGUGACUAAUUAGAGUGACUGGUAACUUAUGCUGACAAUAUCCCCUGGGAAAACUGGUGCUCAAAUUGGUAUUCAGUCCCAGUCCAGACUUCCAGCACCAGAGAUGAUAUUUGAGCUCGGCUUUACACAUGCUUGAAACUGUGCACUGACACCUCCUUGCUUUAACCAGCCGAGUACGAUCCAUGUUCAUUCUGCAUAUACUUCAAGAGCCUAUUCGCAGAAAUUUGCCCCUUUUCAAAAUGCCCCCUUCCAACCAUUCAUAGCAUAAUGCUUGGAUACGAAGCAAAUGUAACCAAUAACUAUCUCCUACAGUUAAAGCUGCUGUCAACAAAUAAGUUGAGCAGCAAGGACAUUGUUAGGAUGGAGUCAUUUUCUCAGCAAUUGUAAUUAAAGCCUGUAAUCUCAUUGUAGUAUUGUCUGCAUCAUUCAGUUCUGGCAGCACAUAAGAUGGUUCAGAUACAGGGGCAUGCUGCCCAUUCCUGGCUUUAUUAGGAGGGAAGUGAUGCAUUAAUUCAUAGUUCAAGCAUUACAAACUUGCAUUUUGUUUGAGGAUUUGUGAUAACAUUGAUAACAUUCUUAGGUUUUUGUGCUUUGCAUCAUUCAAACACCACAUCCUAUAUUCCCUUGUAAUCUACUUCACUACUAUGGUUCCCCUUGACUUCUGGUCACCCACGUCCAAAAUCGUAGUUUUUUUGUGAAUUGCAACAUGCUGAUUAGAGAUUGGUAGUUCCAUUGGUUGAUGUAGUGUGUGUCAACGUCUUCAUGCAGAUUUCAAAUAAUUAGAAUAAGGAGUGUUCUUCCAGUGGCUUUUAGGUCCCCGUGGUCGAUGUUUUGUAUGUUGGUGACCUAUUCCAGAAUGGCUAGGGGGUACCACGUAGGAGUGACUAAAUAUUUGCCACGUGUUAACAGUUAGUUGAAAGAAGCCGUGGGAAGAUGCCUGGAGUUGGAAUAGUGGAGAAGGCACUGUUAGUGUAUAGUGAACUUUCAGUGUGGUUUAUGAUGAAGUUUAACAUAGCUCAAAACCACCAACAAUAAAAGGCAACCUGGUGUGAUGUUCAGAAAUACUCGAGGUAUAAAGAGAGGGAAAGAGCACUAUAACUUUACCCUUUCCCCUCAUUGACAUUGCAAUUAGAACUUUAAGCUCCAUCUGUUACUUUGAGUAGACUACAUAAGAGCGCGAACUUUCAAUAGAAGUUAUGAUUGCAACCAAAUUAAUAAAGUAAAGGUGACUGGUGUGAUAUUGAGCUAUGCUUUCUUCACCCUAUUACUCCUUAAAUUGUGUUGAAAUAACAAGAGGAUAGGAAACCUCACAUUUAAAACUAGCUGGUGUCUUACUUCCACCUAUGCAUUCUUGUCAUUUUUGCUGUAGUUCUGUAAAUCACCUGUAUACUUCAGUGGAUGUUUCUCUUUUAUAUCUAUUCCAACAGUUAAAGGUGCCACUUAUUGGGAUCUUUAGAGAAUGGUCACCAUGGGAUCUGAUUUCAUGGAAUAAAAGCUUUAUUUUUGAUGGAUUGGUUCUGAACUUCAAGUUGCCUAAAGUCCUUCUGUACUUAAUGGUGUCUUAAGCUUCGCAUUGUACGCAGCAGAAAGACUGGGCUCGAAGCUUCAAUUCAACACUGAGAAGACUAAUUGCGUUAAUCUUCUCUUCCCCUUCUGUUAAAUAUGGCCUGUCUUAUCCCUUUCAAUUAAACCUGCUCCAUGGUGCAUGUAUUUCAAAUCAGGUACUAGCACGCAUCCAAACUGCCCAUGAACUGUUAAAGAGCAAGCAGUAGUCACCUUCACUCCUGAGCUUUCAUUUUAUUCAUGGUAUUACUAAUUGAAAAAUAUAAACUCUUCCUCCCAUCAAAAGCAGGAGAUGGUCAAGAACAGCAAUGAUAGUUAACUGUGGAAGAGGCAAGGUGGUGAAUCAACUUUUCUUGAUUUUCAUAUAUAUUCUUCCCAAAUUUGAGGGCAGAAUUCUGUCUGGCACUACCUGUGCUAGUGAUAGAGUGUGUUGCACAGCUGUUGGGUUUGUACCAUAUUGAACAUCACAAGGUUUCAAACUGGUUUCGAUUCCAAAAUCUGACCUGCUGUAUGUUUUCCUUAACUGGCUUCCACCUGCAGAGAUUCUAAAUGAAAGUUUCUGAGCUGCUGUACCGAGACUAUUCUAGAUUCCCCUAGCCGGGUUGCUUGGCUUUUGCACAGCAUCAGCAUCUCCAUCUCCAUCUCAGAUUGGUCAUGCUCUGGAGAGAUUUCAUCAGAUGCCCUCGAACUGCCCACCCCACAUGCCCCCAUCUCUUAACGAGUCAGUCCUCUCAAUGCACUGCCUUUCCUCAACUAAAAAAGCAAGCAGACUUUUCAUUGCCUGAUAUGGGAGCUUAAUGACUGUCAGUUCAUAAAGAUCCUCUUCCCUUGCCACAUCUCCAAUAUUUUCAUAUUUAAAUGCAAGCAUGUUCAAACCAAUGAUUAAAAUGUAAAAUUUAUUUCCUAUAUCUCUGUGUCAACCUGCAGCAAUGUCCUGAAGACAACCUUCAGUUCCAGUUAGCCAUCCUCGUCUUGCACAAUAUUAAUACGUCAGUUUUGAUGUCUCACUGUACAGGCUGAUGAUUGACUUUCAAGCCCAAUAUCAUUUAGUUUCCUUUGAUCUUAUGCACUUAUUUCAGUUAAGGUGACUUUGAUGUCCUCCCAUUACCCGUGCAUUUCCCCAGUCCGCUCAUAUGAGCAAACCCAACAGCUAAUGGGGUUUGGCCAAGUUCAUGUUUCCCCGAGUGCAAGCGGCCGUUGAGGCAACAUAACCAAUUCCAGACCUCCCAGCCCUUAAUCUGGGAACCAUGCUUCCAAAGCUGUCCUCCUCUUCCUGCACUACAUAAAAGGUUCUGCACGUAUGCUCAAGGCAUGUGUGCAGGGAUUAUCUCGACAUCAAAUUGAGGCUCAUUUAGGGGUAGACUUCAUUCAGUUCAUUUUGUAUCAGUGAGCAAGGGAGGAGCAAGAAACUGGACACAGUCAACUGAACUGGACACAGAAUGGGAGAUAGGAACCACGAGAUUGUUUGUUUGGGUCAUCCACGCAGGAGGGAACAUAAAAUCGUAUGUGUCUCUGUGUUGAGCAGGAAGAAACAUUGCUGAGCCAACUGUGUGUAGCUUAGCUAUCCUAUUUUGAAAUGGUGUUACACACCUGUUUGACAUUGGCGGGUGGGUGGAAUCUUGAAACACUGAAUGGAGUUGCUCCACUGUCAUGAACUGUUAAAUGCACACUUUGUAAUGAUGUUUUAAUUAGAACUGUCUGCGAAUCUGAUCUCUGAAUGAAGCAGAAGAACAAAGACAAUGUAAUGAUGUACAGAGCAAGUACCAUAUGGAUUUGAAGUUUGCCCAUUUCAUCACACUGGCAUUUUUGCCGAAAUCACUGAACAAUUCGUAGCCACGUGCUCCUUUAUCCUGACAUCCCCACUCCCCCUUUUCACACAUUUCCUUUUUAAUCUUUUCCUUGUUUCUAUUUAUUAAA